AUGGACCCCAGUACAGGCUAUGGAUUCGUUUCAACCGAACACAACGACACGUAUCCAGCUGUCGACCCGUUGAAAGCCGAUCUUAAGGGCAGAUAUGUAGUCAUCACGGGCGCAGCCAGGGGGCUAGGCAAGGCCAUGGCCAUCUCGUACGCCAAAGGCGGCGCCUCUGGCAUCGCCGUGCUAGACCUGCUGGACGCGGCCCCGGUGCAGAAGGAUAUUCUCGAAGCCGCAAAGGGAGCAGGGCGCACCGAGCCCCAACUGCUGGCGCUCAAAGUCGACGUGACUGAUGAAGAUUCAGUCGCGCAGGCAGCCGAUGCCGUGCAGGCCGCGUUUCCCAGAGUGGACAUCCUCAUCAACAACGCUGGCUGGAUGGCUCCCUACACGCCCAUAGGGGAGUCUGAUCCGGUCAAGUGGUGGCGCUGCUGGGAGGUCAACGUCAAGGGUCCGUAUCUCGUAUCGCGCGCCUUCUUACCACUGCUGCUCAAGAGCCAGGAGAAGACAUUGAUCGUUCUCUCGAGCGUGUCAGCACACUUCACGCUCCCCGGAGGCUCGGCGUACGAAACGACGAAACAGGCCGUGUUGAAGCUCAACAACUACUUGAUGGCCGAGUACGGGCCAGAGGGGCUUCUCGCCUACGCGAUCGCACCGGGCGGCGUCAUGACGGACAUGGCUCCGGAUUUCCCAGCCCAGUACCAUGACCGAUUGACAGACACGCCGCAGAUGGUGGCAGACACUCUAGUAUUCCUGACAAAGGAGAGGAGGGAGUGGUUGGCAUGUAGAUAUGUCGAUUCCAGAUGGGAUAUGGAGGAGAUGCUGGCCAAGAAGGAGGCCAUCAUACAAGGCGACCUCUUGAAGGCUGGUCCUGUAUUGCGCUUCUGGACUUUCACAAUGGUUGCGUAUAAACCCUUGUUUGUGUUUGGACUUCUCUCCAUUGUCGAACUAGUCGCUGGACAUGGGUGUAUCAUUGCUGCAACUGGUGAUGCUGGUGGCAAUGGCACUGCUCUCGGCAUCGACUCGUCGACUCCACGUGAUGGCACCAGACGACGUCCCUUUCAACAAGACACCACUCGUUUCAAGGGCGAUCAGGCCGAUACCUUCGGCGAGACUCUCGAAGGUGGUGAUAACGACCCCGAAAGUGGGACUGCUGCUAUUCUUGCUGAGAGCGGGGGUACGCUUCCUCAGAUCACACCGGGUGGCGAGGUUCAGAUGACUCUUCACCAAGUGAACGCCGACGGUGCUGGUCCUUACACUUGUAUGAUCAAUGCCGAUGGAGCAGGGACCACGUGGACACAAAUGGCCGUAACUCAGCAAGUGCCAGGCAAACGCGGCAGGAAUCAAAAAGGCUCCGAGACUGACCAUGCUCUCGCUGCCGCCGUUCCUGCAGGUCAGACCUGCACAGGCGCUGUUGCGGGCCAACAGAAUGUCUGCAUGGUCAGAUGCCAGAAUCCAGCAUUGGCAGGUCCCUUUGGCGGAGUGGUUCCGGUGCAAAUGUCUCAAGGUGCCACGGCUGGCUCUGCUGCCUCAAACAGCACAGUUGCAGCCACCACCAACACGGCCAACAACACAGCCACUGGCUCGGCCUCAGACAUCGCUGCGGACAACAAUGGCGAUGAUAAUGUCAGCCCGGCUGAAAAGCUCGCGGAGCUGCGUGAAGACGCGCAGAGGAAGCGCCAGGUCCGCCGACAAGUGUCUCGUAUCGAACGUGACACAGCCGCCGCAAUUGCAUACAGACAUGGAACACGGUACUGA